UAAAAUUCUAUAAUUUAAUGAGUUCUAUUACAAUAAUAUAGAACUGUUUUAACAAUAUUAAAAAAUAACUAGAAUUUUUUACAUGAAUAAUCAAAUUCAGACUGAAAGCUUAUUUAAUUAUUAAUGUAGAGUUUUGAAUUUAAAAAUUGUUUUAAAAGUGGUGAAUCCUAAAGAAGAUUACAAUUUUUGUAGCUUAUAUACUAUAAUGAAUUUAAAAAUUUUAAUAAAACUAAUAAUAAAGAAGAAAAGUAGUGAAGGGCAAGGAUCGAAAACAAAUAGUGCAUUUAAACAUAAACAAUAAUAAUAAAUAAUAUUUUUUUUCCUGUAUUUCUGUGUGUUUUUUUAUAUAUUUUUUUAUUGUUAUUAUUUUAAAAUUGGAUCCUAUCCAAAGAAAAGCUAUUAAAGAAGAAGAAUGAAAAUUUUAAUAUCCGUACUUUUAACAUUAAUUGCACUAAUUUUAAUUAUUAUUAUCUAUGUAUUAAUUGGUGAAACGAAUAAUCCAUUAGAAAAUAAUGAUAUUGAUAUUGAAUGGAUUAAAUAUAAAGAAAAAUAUAAUAAAAAUUAUAAUGAACCAGUUGAAAAUGAGAGGCGAAAACAAAUUUUCAUAAAAUCAAGAAAUUUAAUUAUUGAGCAUAAUAAACGUUAUGCAAUAGGUUUAGAAACAUAUAAUUUAGGUUUAAAUAAAUAUGCUGAUUUAACAAAUAAAGAAUAUGUUGGUACACUUAAUCUAAAUGAUGAAACUGAUGUAAAUUUUAUUAAUCAAACAGAUGAUUUUAAUUAUGAUGAUUAUGGAAAUUUAAAUAGUUUUGUUAAUAUAACAGAAGAACAAAAAACUUUUAUAACACGUAAUACAAUUGAAUAUAAUUACAGUUAUAUUGAUAAUAUACCAGAUAAUGUUAAUUGGGUUAAAUUGGGAUAUGAUAAUCCUGUAUUAGAUCAAGGUAAUUGUGGUAGCUGUUAUAUAUUUUCAAGUUUAUCAGCAAUUGAAGCACAUUAUUUUAUAAAAUAUAAAACACUAUUACAAUUAUCACAUCAAGAGAUGUUAGAUUGUUCCGAUAGAUAUGGUAAUUAUGGUUGUGAUGGCGGUUUAAUGGAAGAUGUAUACGCAUACAUAAUGUUAUAUGGUGUUGGAUUAUCACAUCAAAAACCAUAUAUUGGUACUGUAUCAAAUCAAUGCUCAUUAAGUAAACCACGAAUUUAUAUUAAGAAAAAAUAUUAUAGUAGUAAAAUGAAUGAAUUAGAAUUAAAAGAAGUUAUAGCACAUUAUGGACCAGUUGCAUCAUCAAUUAAUGCUGGAUUAGAUACAUUUAAAUUUUAUAAAAGUGGUUUAUAUUAUGAUCCAAAUUGUAAUAAAUAUAAUUUAGAACAUAGUGUUACAACAGUUGGUUAUGGUAUAACAGAAGAUAAUGGAAAAGAUUAUUGGUUAAUAAGAAAUUCAUUUGGUCCGAAUUGGGGUGAAAAUGGUUAUAUGCGUAUAGCUAGAAAUCGUGAUAAUCAUUGUGGUUUAGCAACAUAUUUUCUAUUUCCACAAUUUUAGAACAAUUUAAUAUUGUUAUUUUUAUUUAUUUUUUUUUUAUAAUAUAAACCUUGUAAAUUUUAAAUUUAAUAUGCUUUGUAUACCAUGUAUAUAUAAUAUUUUCUUUUUAAAUUAAAUUAAAUUAUUAUUUAUUUCAUAUAUUAAAAUGUGUUAUUUAUAAUAAAAAUU